CCCCUGUCCUCCACGGACCCCGCCCCUUCGCGCCCCCCCCCUCCCCCGGGUGCGCGCCGCCGGGAGAGGGCCGCGAGGCCAUCGACCAGCUGGCCAACCGGGGCAGCCCCCGCGCGAUCGACGCGGCCGUGGCCCGGCUGGAGCACGUCGACGCCGGCGUGCGGGCGGCGGCGGUUCAGGCGGUGGCCAACGUCGUGGGCUGCGACGACGUAGGCGCCGCCACGGCCUGGGUGGUGCUGACGCCGCGGCUCCUGGAUGUCAGCCCGAGGGUCCGGGCGGCCGCGGUGGAGGUGCUGUGCCGGCGCCCGCCCGCCGCGAGCUCCGCCGAGGUGCGGGAGGCGAUAGAGUCCAGGAUAGAGGACACUGACGCGAGCGUCAGGCUAACUGCCGUCGGGAUCUGCCGUGACCACCUCAGGAGGGGCAAUGCGGCAAGGAUGCAUCCGCAAGAGAGAGUGCGAGAGGAUGCUGAAGCAGGGUCGGACCGUCAGGCGAAUGCGCGGCGUGUAUCGCUUUCGUUGCCCCGAGGCGGGCUUAGAUCUUGUGCCGUUACACUGUUACACGU